AUGUGUCACUCGGACAGCGGGAAGUGUACAGACGGAUGUACACGUGGCUUCUAUGGUGGACUCUGCCAGCAGACGUGUGGAGUGUGUCUUGAUGGUGUCUGUGAUCAGAAGACUGGCACCUGCACCAUAGGCUGCAACCUGACUGGACGGAAGUGUGAUAGUGACAGCAGCAUUGCUGACCUGAAGAUUGGACUCUCAGCAGCCUUUUCACUUUUUGUAGUGAUCAUCCUGCUGGCCUUAUCACCCGUCUACUGCAAACAUUUAAGAUUUUUUAAACAGCACACAAUACAGGGAAUUAUUCCACAUGAAGCACCACGCCAUGAGGACCAGGUACCCCCGGACUACUGUGAAAUCAGAGACGAAGAUGUGGACAUCGUGUGUGAGCUGCCAGGGAUAAGAGGAGACGACUCGGUAACUGGAGCUGCCCCUGUCAUGCCUGUUCUGGCAGACUGCUUUGUAGCAGACUGUGACAGUUCCGUCAAUGAUGUUGCUGCGGCAGAGGAGUCUCCUGUUGACGAUAACACAUACACUCACCUCGUGCGCCCGGUUGUUGUUGAGUGGCCGGAAACAGUAGUGAACUAUGUACCUCCAAUCGAAGAGUGA